GAGACAGAGAACAAACAAAGCCAAAGUUUGGUUGCUCUGAUCAGUCUUAUAUAAAGGGGCAUCUUCUCUGUACAGUCUCUGGUUCCCUCGACAGACACUGAACCAGAAGUCUGCAAUAAUGCAUGCAGCCCUGGGUAUCUGGAUCUUGUCAGCAGUGAUCUGUGUGGGGAGAGGCGACCACCAUCAUGGAGAUCAAGACACUGCACUCGACAACAGCGCCAACAGCGUCUCACUGGUGGCUGCAGCGAACAAAGAGUUUGCCUUCCGUCUGUACAGCCAGUUAGCAGCUCAUGCUGACUCGCAAGGCAAGAAUAUCUUCUUCUCCCCAUCAAGUGUGUCUGUUGCCUUGGCUACUUUGUCCGUAGGAGCACGGGAGGAGACCCACAAGCAGAUUUUCAGUGGUCUGGGUUUCAACAGCACCCUACUGACACAGGCAGAUGUAAAUCAGGCCUUUCACACUCUCCUCGAAAAGGCAAACAAGACAUCUGGAGAAGACACCAGUGAAGGCACCGCUGUGUUUGUGGACGACAACUUCAAGCCACGGCCUGAGUUCCUGGAAACCUUGAAGCAGUCCUACUUUGCAGAUGGGUUCACUGUUGACUUUGCCAAUGCUGCAGACAGUGCCAAUACCAUCAACGAGUACGUGAAAGGGAAGACCAAUGGGAAGAUAGAAGAGCUGGUCAGCAACCCGGAUCCAAUGACAGUCAUGUAUCUCAUCAGCUACAUCUACUACAAAGGAAAGUGGGCGACUCCAUUUGAACCCGAGCUCACCAAGGAGGACACAUUCACAGUGGACGAGAACACCAAGGUUCAAGUCCAGAUGAUGAAUAAGGAGGAGAGAUUUGAUAUCUAUUACGACCAGGCGAUCAACACAUCGGUCCUCCACCUCCCCUUCAACAGCUCCUACUCCAUGCUGCUGAUGUUGCCUGACGACAUGGCAACACUGGAGAAAGCAAUUUGCCCGAGUCAUGUCACCAGAUGGUUGAAGUCGAUGGAGACCUGGAUGUACGACGUAUAUAUUCCAAAGUUCUCCAUCAAGACUUCCUACACACUGAAUGAUGUGUUGACUGCAAUGGGAAUGACAGACAUGUUUACUGAACGUGCAGAUUUGAGCGGCAUUGCACAGGAUCAAAAACUGACAGUCUCAGAGGUUGUUCACCAAGCUACCCUGGAUGUGGACGAGGCUGGAGCCACCGCUGCAGCUGCUACAGGCAUCCGCAUUGCAUUUGCGUCCAUCCAACAUGUCCCUGUCUUGAAGUUCAACCGUCCAUUCAUGGUCAUGAUCAUUGAACGCAACACAGAAGACAUCCUCUUCAUGGGCAAGAUUGUCAACCCCAAAAUCUGAUGGAACAAACACUUUGUCUACAGAAGUACAGCUGUUGCAUUACAUAUAAAAAUACAUGCGUACUAUGGUG